AUGGCCGGCUCCAAAAUCUACCGUUUCGAUGAGGUGGCCAAGCACGAUGAUGCCGAGGAUUGCUGGCUCAUCGUCUCCGGAAAGGUCUACGAUGUCUCCUCGUACAUGGCCGAGCAUCCCGGUGGUCGCGACGUGUUGCUGUCGGCGACCGGAAAGGAUGCAACGGUUGAAUUUGAUAAUGUCGGUCAUAGUUCGUCCGGCAGGGAGCUGAUGGACAACUACUGCGUCGGGACGAUCGAUUCCUCGACUCUUCCAAAGGAUGGUGACCGUGUGAAGCCUCAGCAAGCACCCGAAGGCAGUGCAGAUGGGACUCCGGAGUUUGUGAUGAGAAUAUUACAGUUCAUUGCGCCCGUGAUGAUUCUUGGCUUCGCCUUUGUCGUCCGACAUUUUACCAAGUAG